CUAGCUAGUAACUGCUCUACUUGCUCUCUGCCUACUAUCAUCAUGAAGUUCUCUACCAUCGCUAGCUCCCUCCUCUUGGCAGGAAGUGCCGUUGCCGCCCCCGGUACUGCCAUGCGCAGAGCACGCGCUGCCGAGCGAGCAAGCCGUAAAUCCCUCCCACCUCAAAGAAUCGAGGCCGAGCUUGCCAAGCUAACCAACAACACCAACGUUGAGUAUGACAGCAAUUGGGCUGGCUCCGUCGUCACAACAAGUGGCGUCAAGUCCGUGACUGGUACUUUCACCGUGCCUACCCCCAAGUCUGCUGGAAGUGGUUCCGCGUGGGUGGGAAUCGACGGCGAUAGUUGCCAAACUGCUAUUCUGCAGACUGGUAUUGACUGGACUAAGUCCGGUUCUUCUAUCACUUAUGAUGCUUGGUAUGAGUGGUAUCCAGACUACGCCUACGACUUCUCCGGCAUCACCAUCCACGCCGGAGACACCAUCACCGUGACCGUAAAAGCAACCUCCAAGACCGGCGGCACCGCCACCGUCGACAACGUAACAACAGGCAAGACCGUCACGCACACCUUCAGCAACGAAGGCAGCGAAGGCUCCCUCUGCGAAACGGACGCAGAAUGGAUCGUCGAGGACUUCGAGUCCGGCUCCUCGCUCGUCAGCUUCGCUAACUUUGGCACCGUUUCCUUUACCGGCGCUACGGCUACGACAUCCUCGGGCACGGUUUCGGGGGGUAGUGGGACGAUCUUGGAUAUUGAGCAGGAUAAUGAUGUGUUGACGAGUUGCUCGGCGAGUGGGACUAGUGUUAAGUGUUCUUAUGUUUAGGGGGUUUGUUGGGGAAGGGAAGAGAGAAGGGAAGAUGGGGGGAGAUGAGGAUGGAGAGUGGUGUUGUGCAGCAUUUAUACUUCAUUUCGUAUUUUGUCAUGCAACAAUUGUAUGCAUUCUUUCGUGGUUGCAGCGCAAGCGAAGCGAAGGGGUAACGAAGCGCAAGGGUUCAUGUUUGGG